AUGAAAAGGCAGAUACGCUCACUAUUUGGCUGGGAGUGUGGUAAACAAACAAUUGCGACUACAACAGAAAAGCACAGAGCGCAAGGCCUACUUGACACGUUCCAGAGACAGAGGCAGCUGAGUACAGACCAUCCACUAAUGUGUGAGAUAUGCAAAGAGAAGACAGCAACUCACAGGUGUGUAGACUGCCCCCAGUUUAGCUGUGAUGUCUGUGUUAAAAUGCAUGAACACAUUCCACUUCUCCAAGGUCACCAAGUACUAAAUAUUGACAAGUACAGAGAGAUAGAAUCUAAGGGUCAUCUCACAUUGCAGUCAAAAGUAUUCUGCAGUGAUCAUGAAGACAGCCACUUAGAAUUCUAUUGUGACACAUGUCAGGUGCCUGUAUGCUUGAAAUGCACCAUAGUUAACCAUAGAGGACCUGAACAUGUCCAUAGAGAUUUGCAGGGGGUGGCAGAAGAAUAUAAAACACAAGUGAGGGAAAUGUUAGAAAAGUUAAAAGUGAAAGAGAAGCAAGCGGAUGAAGGAAAAGCUGCUGCUGAAUCUGCAAGAGAAGAAAUCAGAAACCAGUGUGAAGUAGAGAAAAAGAAAGUUAGAAGAAGAGCAAGGGAAUUGAUAGAAAGAGUAAAGAGAAAAGAGAAGAUGCUGAUAGAUGACUUGGAUGAACGUGCUAUGAGUGGAUUAAAAGAAGCAGCAAUAAACAUCGAUCAGAUAGAGUUUCACUAUGGCAACAUAAGACUUCAGAGGAAAACAGAUCAAGAUGUUCAGGUGAAGAUAAGGAGAUCUGAUGCAUCAUGGGAAAAUAUUGACGUUACAGAAAAUAGCAAUGGGACACAUCAUGUGAUGAUAACAGGAAAGAUAGAAGGAAAACAGCAAGUUGCCAUGACGAUUGGUAACCAACAAAUACCAGGAUCAUCAUUCCAUAUUCCUGUUAUAAAAGGAUUGGUACAGACAGUGGGAAAAGGACAGCUCAAGUCUCCACAUGGACUCGCCAUAAAUAAACAUGGUGACUUUGUAACAGCUGAUAGGAGUAUCCGAAGAGUUGUCAUACAUGACAGAGACGGACAUUUCAAACAAUCUUUUGAAUUUACUGAUCAGUUUGCAGAGCCAUUCACACCAAGUGAUGUAGCAAUAUCACAUGAUAAUGAAUACUUUAUGACAGAUGACAAUAACAAACAAAUAGUUGUGAGUGAUGACAACGGGAAGUUGAUUAGAAAGUUUGGAAGCUCCGAAAUUGAUGAUUCACUUGGAAUUGCAAUCAAUCCUGUUACUAACAAUGUGUAUGUGAGUGAGUAUAGUAAAGGGUACAUUAGGAAAUAUACACAGGGUGGGAGAUAUAUCAACUCACUUGGAAUACAGGGAGAUAAACAGAGAGAGUUGAAUAGACCUUGUAUAUUAGCUAUUAACAGUAAAGGAAUUGUGUAUGUGGCAGAUUCUUACAAUCACUGUAUUCAGGUAUUUAAUUCUGAUGACCAGUUUAUGUUUGAAUUCUCUACCACCGGUGACAACAAUACAAUGAAGUAUCCUAGGGGAGUAGCUAUAGAUAAGAAUGAUUAUGUAUAUGUGAGUAGUCAGCAUAAAGUCACUAAGUAUGACGGCUAUGGUCAGUUUAUUUGUAGGAUAGAUUGUGAUAAAGAUGGACUGAGUAAUCCCUGUGGUGUAGCAGUGUGUAAUGAUGGUAAAAUAGCUGUAGUGGAUUUUGACAAUAAGUGCAUAAAAUUCUUUGUAGAGUGA